AUGUUGUUCAGGCGCGUAUUGCUGGGCCUGACCACUAGAAGCCUUCGCCAUUCGUCCACGCAGCAGUCCAAAGCUGCUCAGCCGGUGAAUGACCAAGCCGGCAACCUCUUGCCCGACUACACGGAAGAAGAACGCUUGAAGAUCCUGCAGGCCAUCAAUGAAAAUGGCACGAAUGAGAUGAUCAGCUACGACAUCACCAAGGCGAGGGCCACCAAGCUGCACAACUGGAAGGCAAGGCAUGGUCCACUGCAGGAGCUCAGCGACAUCCUGUAUGUAGAGGGAUUCGGCCUGAAGGCGGCCACCAAGUUCUUCAAGAGCCUCCUGGCGCCGGUGGGAAGUGGAAGCACUGGAGAAGGUGCCGAAAAUAAGCCGAAGGCGGCGCGAGUGGCGCCUUUUAUAACACCAUCUCUAGAUGAGGCACAGCGGCAACGUAUAUCCUCCACCGUGGGCGUUCGCAUCGGGGUGACCAGCGUGAGCUGGGCGAGAUUAGAGAUCGGUAGCAACGAUGCACCCUGCCUGCUCACUCAUUGGCAUCACCACGAACUCAACGACAAGAAGCUGCAUUUGUCGGAGCUCUCGCGCCGCUGCCUUUAUGUCACCCAUCAAAUUCCGCAGGCCGACUGCUACGUCCUGGAGAGUCCACAGAUGGCGCAGGCCAGCAGUAAUCCGGGCAGCAUUGAUCAGCAGAACGUGAACAUCCAGAAGGCCCAGGUGGCCGCUAUCAUGAGCUACUCCUUGAUGGCCCGGUCGGAUGCCGAGGAAAACAAGGCCAACAACCUCUUCUAUAUGCGUCGCUUCCUCUCGGCCCGUCUCUUUAAUCACCUGGUAGGCACGGAGCGCGUUUCGUCGGAGGACACCAUAAUGGCCAUGAUGCGCACCCAUUACAAUGUGGAACACCAGCUUCCCAGGACAGAGUCGCCGCAGAGCUUGCGCCAACAAGUGCACUUUCCCGCCGACCUGCGACUCAUUUUCUCGCAGCAGGAGCGCUACCAACGCGAACUUCUGGGCCAGGCCUUUUUACUUGGCUUGGCCUUCACUCGACUCGUUCUGCUGCAAGAUCCUCAGAGUAUUGCUUUGGUGACCCGGAACUCCAAGGGCUCCGUUCCGAGCGAAGCCAGUUCCUUGGUAUCUUAGGGAUUG